UGUCUUUAAAGCACCAUUAAAAAUAAAUUAUUUGAAAUUGCUGCCCUCAGCAUGACUCGAAAGCGCGGAUUUUAACCUCUUUUCUAGUCUUUAUUUGGCACCGAUUGACCACAGAAAACCGUAGAUAUUUUACUUUAAAUUUUAUAAUACUAACUGUGAAGGAACUACUGUAUUCACUAUUCAAACUAGGAACUAUUUUCUCCUCUAGAAGGCACUCUUUUUGCUCUUUCUGUCAUUUUUCUCUCUCGUCGGAGUUAAAUGAUUAUUAUUUUUUUAUUAUUAAUAUUUAUUUGGUGUAAUGUGGUUAUGUAAUGGUUAUUGUACAGUAUCACUGUAACAACAGUUCAUCUAGGUAACUUGAAAAAGCUGAGAAAAAAUAAUAUAAUUUGGUAGCAGUUAAAAUGUUAUUCAUUAUUUGAGUAAAUACUGUAAUUUUUUUUUACUUGUACUUGAGUACUUUUUUGUGAAGACUACUUUUACUUGAGUAAAAUUAUUUUGAAGUAAUGCUACUCUUACUUGAGUACAGUUUUUGGCUACUCUCUACCCACCUCUAGUAUGCAGUCGAAAAGCAAAAAGUAAUAGAAAUACUCAACAUAAAAGAAUGAAGAACUUUGCAUCCAAGCAUCUGAGCAUUGAAUAAGAGUUCAUAUAAGUUACAGACCGUGCCGCCCAUAAGGCAAUUCAAGCAACCGCCUAAGGGCGCACCAGCGUCCAAAAAUGCGUCAAGACAAAUAUUCAAAUAAUAUUUGAUGAAACCAGUAUUCAAAAAAUUACACAAAACAAUAAAACAAAAGAACAACAAAACCGUUCAUAAUAAGUCUUUAAAUAAUAAUGAAAUCAUUUUUCUAGUGUGCCUUCUGCCCGUUUCCCUUUUUCCUGUGAUGCGAUAAUUUCACCACGGACCCUAGUCCCACCACCCAGCAGACCAGCGAGCUACCUGAAGGUGCUAUUUUUAGCCUCCGCACUUGAGCAACGUUACGGUGACAAGUCAACUUCAUGAAAAGACAAAAGCCCUUCGGGUCAGAAUAAAAAGAAAGAAGACAGCAAAGACGUGAAGAAAAACAGAGAAAUAUUUUCUUUCUACCUCUGUACAUCCUGGGCCAUCUUUUACGGCGAACCUAUCCACAUCAGCACCAAGUCCAAGCCCACCAAGUCCAGGAAAGAAGUGCACCUUCCAAAACAACUGUCAUAUGAAAGUGCAAUAGAUGCUUUUGCAUCAGUGAAGACAAGCUUGUCUUAAACGACGAAUCAUCCUCGCCUGGUGGUGGCGGCCAUUUGGACGACGGGCAAACACCAAACACUACAAAGAAGAAGAACAGACGCCGGAAGUCAAGGCGUGAUUUUUGUUUCACUUUUUAUGUGAGCUAAAGUUGAAACUCAACAGUUGCCCAGGGAAGCGCGCACUGCCUUUUGUCAACAACAAAAUGGAAGAUAACCUGAAGUUUUUAGGCUCACCAUAGUGCAUUGAUUUCAACCAGAUGGCAUCAAACCCGAAAGUCCAAUCGGCACCACUGCCACAGACGGAGCUCCUUGUCUAUUGGCUGCUGUCCUUUGGGUCCCAUUUUUACUCUUUUUAUGAACUUCACAGGUUCUCAAAAGAGCAUGAAGUGGGAUUGGAUAGGGAGUUCCUACUGGAAAAAGGCCUUUUUAACGGCUUUAAAAGGGAUGCAUCAGACUUUGAGUGGACGUUCUGGACCGCUUGGGCUAAGAAGUCCUUGCUAUGGACUCUGAUUGGGCAUGCUGUCAUAUCUAGAUUGUGCAGCGCCCUUUACCCACAGCUUCGGGUCAUGGCGCUCACAGUUUACGGCCUCUCGGCAGCCAGUAGCAUUUUGGGACUUAAAGGUGUGGCUGUUUUGCUUGUGCAUGUGGCUUUGUCUUUCUUCGUGGCCCAGCUCAGAAAGCGUAUUCUGUGUUGGACCUGCAACCUUCUGUUCCUCUGCACCCUUCACAUCAGACAAAUUCAGGACAUUAAGAGAAGCUGGUACGAGCAGGAGGAGGAGUACUAUCUGCUGCUCUUCAGUGUGGCAGUGAAUACUCUUCGCCUUAUCAGCUUCAGUCUGGAGCACUGCGAGCGCCCCACGGUACACACCGAUGGCGUCCUGCAGCUGGGGUGGCUUUUGUCCUACACGUUUUACCACCCUUUAUUCUAUAACGGACCUGUCAUUACAUACAAUGACUACGUGGAGCAGAUGCAGAGGCCUGUCAAGGAGCACAAGCAGCCCAAGACAGGCGCUUGCUACCUGUUGCUUCGAGCCGCACGAAUCUUGGCGUGGUGGUGCAUCGCCGAAUACAUGAUUCAUACCAUGUACAUGCACGCCAUCCAGUCCAACGAGACUUACCUGGAGAUUCUGCCACCUUGGGCGUUGGGUGGUUUGGCUCUGGCCUUGGUGCAGUUUUUCUUUGUCAAGUAUCUGGUUCUAUACGGCCUUCCGUCAAUGCUGGCCACAUUAGACCAGCUCGUCCCUCCUGAUCUACCUCGCUGUGUCAGCAUCAUGUACAGCUUCACCGGGAUGUGGCGGCAUUUUGACAAGGGCCUGUAUCGAUGGCUCCUCAGAUACAUCUAUGUGCCUCUGGGUGGUUCGCAUCAUGGAGUGCUGUACAAAAUGUUAUCCACAGCGCUGGCGUUUGGCUUCGUUUGCCUUUGGCAUGGUGGUCAUGACUACCUUCAGUGUUGGGCCCUGAUGAAUUGGUUGGGCGUUCUGGUGGAAACUGGCCUGAAGGCUCUCUUUGGCUCGCCUUUCCUUUGCUCUUUUUUUGAGCGGCAUUCCUCUGCGGCAACGAGGAGGCGCUGCACCGCUCUGCUUUGCGCCUUCUCCACGGCCAUGCUCAUCCUUUCUAAUCUGCUGUUCCUUGGGGGGAUUCACGUCGGCAGGAUCUUCUGGAAGCGCGUUUUGCUUCAAGGCUGGUCCACGGUGGCUCCGCCCAUGUUGGCCUUCCUUUACUGCUUUGCCCAGGUGGGAAUGGAAUGGACUCCUCACCCGUCAUGAGUCACCUUGAAUUCACCACGCAAAAACAACAACAAAAUAAACUGCACGCCAUCCAUGCCAGAACCACGCUCUGAACCUGGCACUAAACUGCGGUGGUAAGCAUGGACUCACAGAAGGGGUGCUAUUGGCACCACAAACACAGUAAAUGCAUACUGCACAUUUAGAAUGGUCUGUGUAAUUUUCUCAUUCAUUACUCAUUGAUGGCAAUAGAUGUCCAAAGAAUGGAAGUCAUUUGCCGUCAAUGGCACUGAAACAUAAUCAUUAGCUAAAGCCAAAAAAUGCUGCAGCGAAGGCAGCAUUGUCUUAAUGAGCGUCGUUAUUGCCCCUCCACAUGUAAUUUGUCUGACAGUAAUAUCAUGAGAUGUAUUACUGAAGAGUUUCAUCCACGUGGCUGCUGGGCACUUUUUAAUGGCCGACAUUUAUCCUCUGGAAUGCUCACACUAAUUGCUUUUGGGGGAGAAGUUAACUAAAACAGAAUGUAUUCAGCCAAAAUCACACCUAAUGUCAGCGUUUGGCCAUUGCUGAAAUAAUCUACCUCAAUGAUUGGAUGCUAUGGAUGUUGCACACAAUCACCAGCACUCUACAGUCAUCUCAUAAUAAAAAUGUAUUUUUUUUAGCAUGUCAGCUUUGGUCUCAUCUAACUUUUUCAGUGGAAACGUUCUGUUCAGGAAAUAAAAAAGUAGGAAUUCAAGUCAUUACUCUUCUUGUCAUAAUAUCGCAGGAAUAUAGAGAUGGUAAAAAGGAUGAUAACUAAAUUAUAGGAUAUGGAACUUUAAUAUUUCCCAAUUUAGCAGGAGCUAUCCGUCUAGAUAUGUGGUUAAAAUUUGGUAGAAUCAGAGGACACGUUUGUUUUUGAAGGCUCCUAAAAUGAACUUUUCAGUUAUGUGAUCUAGAAACUUUUUUGUCAGUCUAAAUUUCAAGUUGUCAGUUGUCUAUUCAGGGGUGCUGGAGAGGAGCGUCCGUCAAGAAGUCGAAUCUUGGAUUCAGGAGGAGCAGUGUGGUUUUCGUCCCGGCCGUGGAACAGUGGACCAGCUCUACACCCUUGGCAGGAUCCUCGAGGGGGCAUGGGAGUUCGCUCAACCAGUCUACAUGUGUUUUGUGGAUUUGGAGAAGGCGUUCGACCGUGUGCCUAGGGAAGUCCUGUGGAGGGUUCUCCCGGAGUACGGGGUACCGAGCCCCUUGGUAAGGGCUGUUCGAUCCCUGUACGACCGGUGUCAGAGUCUGGUCCGCAUUGCCAGCAGUAAGUCGAAUUCAUUCCCGGUGAGGAUUGGACUCCGCCCAGGCUGCACUUUGUCACCGAUUCUGUUCAUAAUUUUUAUGGACAGAAUUUCUAGGCGCAGCCGAAGCGUUGAGGGUGUCCGGUUUGGUGACCUCAGCAUUGCAUCUCUGCUUUUUGCAGAUGAUGUGGUGCUGUUGGCUUCAUCAAGCCGUGACCUCCAACACUCACUGGGGCGGUUCGCAGCCGAGUGUGAAGCGGUUGGGUUGAAGAUCAGCACCUCCAAAUCCGAGACCAUGGUCCUCAGCCGGAAAAGGGUGGCAUGCCCUCUCCGGGUCGCGGAUGAGAUCCUGCCCCAAGUGGAGGAGUUCAAGUAUCUUGGGGUCUUGUUCACGAGUGAGGGUAGGAAGGAGCGGGAGAUUGACAGGCGGAUCGGUGCCGGUCCGUUGUGGUGAAGAAGGAGCUGAGCCAAAAGACAAAGCUCGCGAUUUACCGGUCGAUCUACGUUCCUACCCUCACCUAUGGUCAUGAGCUGUGGAUCGUGACCGAAAGAACAAGAUCCCGGAUACAAGCGGCCGAUAUGAGUUUCCUCCGUAGGGUGUCCAGGCUCUCCCUUAGAGAUAGGGUGAGAAGCCCGGUCGUCCGGGAAGGGCUUGGUAUCGAGCCGCUACUCCUCCGCGUUGAGAAGAGCCAGUUGAGGUGGCUCGGGCAUCUGGUUCGGAUGCCUCCUGGAUGCCUCCCUGGAGAGGUGUUCCGGGCAUGUCCUGCCGGCGGGAGGCCCCGGGGACGACCCAGGACACGCUGGAGAGACUAUGUCGCUCGGCUGGCCUGGGAACGCCUUGGAAUCCCGCCAGAGGAGCUGGCUGAAGUGGCUGGGGAGAGGGAAGUCUGGGCUUCCCUGCUAAAGCUGUUGCCCCCGCGACCCGACCCCGGACUAAGCGGAAGAUAACGGAUGGAUGGAUACAUUUCAUGUUGCUAACUUAAACCGUUUGAACGCGAGGUUCUAAAUUUUUUUUUGCUCAGCAAAUAUUCAGUGAUGAAUCAUGAUUAAAAAAA